ACGACCGGUUUGGUCUUGCCGUUUGUUUAUUGCCACCUUUGCGUUGUGGCAGUGUACUUCGUGUUUCACUCGAGCUGCGGCUACCUGGUUUUACGGUUCAUCAAUCAGCGCGAUAUUUGAAGACUAGACGACGCAACGCUGCGUCUGUGUCAAGUUGGAAUUUAUCGGUCGACGACGUUCAAAACAAAAAAGAAGCGAUUAUUGGCAUAAGAUUGCGCACGUGAAUUUGGCGAAGCUCGAAAGCGUCGGCAUUUCGUUAUUUACUCAAAUUUCGCUACAAAAAAAAAACAAACUCAAUGGCUUCAUAACGAAUCUGAGGAUAAUGUGUGGUUUUAAAAAUUGUAAAAAUUCCUUUUGUGAAUUUGAUUAACAAAAGAAUAAAUAAAAAACAAAAAUAGUUUCUGUGAUUUUAUGUGCUUUUAACUAAGAGAGGAAUAAAUUAAAAAAAAAAAGAGUUUUGUAGUUAUGCGAAGUAUUAUUUGACCCUGUCGGCAGUAUUGGUGGAGAGUGUUUACGGAAAUUUGUGACAUAAAUACUACAUACUUAAAUAAAAAAAGAAAUAUUACUAGAACCAAAAAGUAAAUAAAUAAAAAAUGGAUAUAAAAACUACGCCACCACCCUCAUUAAUCAACAGCCGUUCCACCGCAACGCCACCAGUCAAAAACAGCGCCACGUCAUCAGCACCCGCCUCGCCUGUUGCCACCUCUACGGGUGCCGUGAUGAACAGUGUCAGCGCUCUUAGCGGCAUCUCCAGCGUGCAAAAGCAGACAUUUCAAAAUAUUUUCGAGAAACUUGUUUCCAAUAAUGGCGAGGGUGGCAAAUUUCCGCCGAAACAACUGGAAAAUAUUCGUCAUUUGUUGGAAAAUGUGCGCGAUUCAAAGCAUCUGCAGCUGAUUGUGGAAAAGUUCAAGAAUUUGGAGCAAUUCGAUCAAAAUUUUUUGAGCGGUAGCAAUAAUAACUCGGUCAUUUCAGAAGACGCCGAUAUCAACUUAAAGGAUACCUCCCGCAAAUUCGGCACAGGCGGUCAAACUCUUACCCCUCGACAUACUAUUGAUGCCAUUUUGGGUCUAAAGAAUCGCAAUGAAGGCGGUGAAGCCAACGAUGACGCCACCGAUCUCCGUUGCAACAUGUCCCUGGCGCAUCUGCGCAACAUGGAUAAUCACAUGGCAUCAAUGCUGCAGCAGUCAACACACCACAAGCAUGUCACAUUCCCCAAUAUGCAAUCGCCACCAGGCGCACAUCAUCAUCAACAUGCUGUCGCCUUGCAUCUAGGUACGCCCCCACCGCCGCCUCAACACUCUGCGUCGCAUCAUCCGCACCAAGCACUCAACUAUCACAAUGCCUUGAUGAGCUUUCCACAUCAAAAUAUCACUUCUAGUGGUGGCGGCGGUGGCGCCAAUAGUCAUUUAAACUACCCGCCACUGGAGUCCGGCAGCACCGAUUCGGGCAGCACACGCACCAGUCCGUCCAUGAGUAGCGGUGAUUAUCUCAAUUCGAUGCAUCAGAUGGUCGAGGCGAGUCAUCUGCAAGCAGCGCUGCAACACCAUCCGUCACACCCGCAUCAUCAACCAUCAACGGGACCGCCUCCGCCGCCACAUUACAGUCACCAACAGCAUUUGGCCGCUUUGGCAGCACACGCUCAAGCGCAGUCGCAGUCGCAACAGGAACAGAAAUUUGCUAAAUCAUCGUCGUCACCAACGACAUUUGCCAAUCAGUCAUACUUUAGUCUCGCCAAUGGCUCCGGCGCACUUUGCAGUGGAAGUGCUGUUGCCGGCACGGCUAUUGGUAGCAAUCACGCCAACCUGCUUGAUUACGAUGAGCACUCAAUGUCUUCAAUUUCGGCGAGUGGCGAGAUCGAUGCAGGCGAUGAUGAGGAUAUGAAGGACGGGCAAGGCGACAUAU